CACCAAACCACCUGACGAUGCAGCUUCGGUUCCCGGCCACUCAACGUAACCGUUUAUAUUGCGCUAAUACUCACCGAAGAUUAUAUAUACACAAUCUACCAUUUCUGACAAAGAGAAAAGGAACCCCACCACCGAUCUUCACCACCAUCGACUGAAAAGCAAGAAGAUGCAUAUCAAGUCGCCUUACCCACCCCCACCCGACCUUCCCCCAAACGAACCUCUAAACGUGUUCAAUGUCAUGUUUAACAGGCCAGACCAGAAGGAAUGGACGGAUUUUACACUCUACGUCGACUCGACGACUGGGAAGAAACUUAAGUACAGUGCCUACCGGAAACGUAUGGAAUAUGUAACGACCGCUCUCGGAGCACCUAUAUCGAAGGGCGGAUUAGGUCUCGGAAUCGAGGGUGGUACAGAUCUAGAGACGCGAGAUGACGGUACGCUCGUCAGGCCCGUGAAGGAGAUGGUGGGCAUCAUGAGUGAGAAUUCCUCUGACUACUCCGUUCUAGUCAACUCCCUUCUCGCAGGAACGAUACCAUACGCUCUGAUCUCUGCCUACUCAACCCGUUUCGAGUUAUUACACGCUCUAAAGCUGACUCACCUAACGCGACUUUUCGUCCAAGCCAAACACCUCCCCUUGGUCGUACCUGCUGCAAAGGAAGUGGGCAUACCGAUGGAUAGGAUAUAUGUGAUUGACGGGGGUGAUCAUGAAAUGGUUCAAGGACACACGACGCUAUUUGGGUUGAUUGAAGGUGUGCAUAGGAAGGUGAUACCUCCUGUAGGCGUUCGUCCGGCUAAAAUGAACACUCUGGCGUAUUUGAUCUUUUCGAGUGGGACUAGUGGGUUACCGAAAGCCGUUAUGAUCACACAUGGAAGCCUUGCGUCUAGUUUACUGCAAUUUGCGACUGUACUGCAGUCCAAUACAAACCCACCCCCGGUCUUGCCCACUCCGGAAGGCAUCCCGAUUGGCCUGGGUUUCUUGCCAAUGCACCACGUAUACGGUCUGGGCACCUACUGCCAGCGCAACUGGUUCUCCCCAGCUACGUUUAUUAUGAUACCCAGAUGGAGCGUUAACGAGGCUUUACGGAUCAUCAAGAAAUACGGCUUAACCCAUCUCAACCUAGUACCGGCAGCCCUACACCAACUCGUCCACCAUCCCGAUAUCACUAAAGACCACUUCAAAACGCUGAUCGCUGCCACUUGCGGUGCGGCGUAUACGCCUUCAGCGUUGGUGGACCAGUUCCAGAAGUAUUUACCGGUUCAGAUUGAUUUCUUACUUGGCUAUGGGAUGUCAGAAGCCACCUACAACGCCAGCGGUCAACCCCCCGAUGGUGUCACCUCAAGCACCGGUAAACCCCUCCACAAAACCCACGGAGAAGGGGCUAUUGGGGUCUUGAACGCAGGAACGGAGGCACGAAUUCUUCGUGAGGAUGGGACGGACGCUGAUGUGGGGGAGGUUGGAGAGUUUUAUGUGAAGGGUGGGAAUGUCGUACCUGGGUAUUGGGAGAAUUCUGAGGCGAAUCGGGAGACGUUUGUGAGGUUUGAUGAUGAGGAUGGGAGGUAUGGUGGGAGGUGGUUGAGGACUGGGGAUAGGAUGUGGAGUGAUGCGGAUGGAGCGUUGUUCUACGCAGAUAGAUCGAAAGACACAUUGAAAGUAUCAGGAUCUCAAGUCUCACCUGUCGAAAUCGAGAACGUACUUCUCGCACAUCCAGAGAAGCUUAUAACGGACGUGACGGUUGCUGGAGUGACACCGAACGAUUUGGUUGUUAGUACUAGUACGGAAAGUCGGAAAGAGUUGGGAGAGAAGGUUCCGCGUGCGUGGGUUGUGUUGAGUGAAGCUGGGAAACGACUAGGGGAGCAGAAUGUGCUUGGGGUGUUGGAUAGGUGGCAUAGGGAGAGUUUGAGUCGGUAUAAGUGGUUGAGAGGGGGGAUUGGGAUUGUUCAAGAGAUUCCUAAGAACCCUACUGGGAAGACGUUGCGACGGGUGUUGGUAGACGAGUAUGAACGUGAUUUGAAGAGUAGAAGAAGCAAGCUGUGAAUAAUGAUUCCUUGGGUAGUACCAGUGGACUGUUCCCCCGUGCAUAUUGUUCUUCUCCUUCUUUAUUCGUGGAGACCACAAUGACAUACUAGUGAAAAGCCUGCGAGGAGAGUUCAAGGCAGUCCCUAGGGACCCCCGAGAAGCGUAAAAAAAAAGCUUUCUCAACCAUAGAAGGGGACGUCCC